GAUCAAGGGACUUGGCUCGAGUCAGGCAUUACCGUUACACUUGGCGUGUCGAAUUAUCCUUAAAUAUGUAACAAGGAUGAUUCUUCAUUUAUCACAGUAUCACAAUGGACACUACCGCUUUAAGUAAGGUAACACUGGAAAACCGAGUGAGAGUCAAAAUGUUCCUCAUGUAGAAAAGAAAUAAGACGUAAGAAUGACAGCUGCUGGCACCGCCCAUAUAUGCCUAGACAGAUUGCCGGGACCGGAUGUGGGCGUGCUUAUCUCGGAGCUCGCAUCACAGCUCCAAGGCUUUGUAACAGCAAGCGGCAGCAGGAUUAGAACUGUGCGGACAGCAAGACAUCCUUCACUUCGGUCUGUUUAAAGUCGACGCGGUUUGUGGGAGCAGCUUCACCAUGGUAACACUGGAGAUGAAUUUAAACAUCCUAACCAGAGACCUUUCGCUUUACCUGGAAAAUCAAGUCAAAGUGGGCAUCCUUGGCUCGGGUGUGGGCUUGUCCUUGGUACUCGGGUUCAGCGCUGCCUAUGCUUUUUACUACUUGAGCGUUGUGGCCAAGAAGCCUCAACUGAUCACGGGAGGUGAGAAGCUGUGCAAUUUUCUGAAGGCUCAUUGUCCUGUUGUUUCUGAGACAUAUUAUCCCACGUUCUGGUGCUGGGAAGGAAGAAUUCAGACUUUGAUAAGGCCAUUUAUUACAGCCAAGCCCUGGGUUGAAUACAGAAAUGAGCUCAUUAAGACAGCAGAUGGCGGCCAGAUUUCACUGGAUUGGUUUGAUAAUGAUGACAAUACACACUAUCCUGAUGUGGCCACACGCCCUACAAUACUUCUACUGCCUGGACUUACAGGGACCAGCAGAGAGUCCUACAUUCUGCACAUGAUCAAGCAGAGUGAAGAGCUAGGAUACAGGUGUGUUGUAUUUAAUAACAGGGGUGUUUCUGGAGAAAGGCUUUUGACUCCAAGGACAUACUGUGCUGCAAACACCGAGGAUCUGGAGGCAGUUAUUGAUCACAUCCAGGAGACGUUUUCAUCAGCUCCUCUAAUGGCAGCUGGUGUAUCCAUGGGAGGAAUGAUGCUGGCAAAUUACUUGGGGAGAAAGGGCCGGGAGACAUGUCUCAGAGCAGCAGCAGUGUUUUCAGCUGGCUGGGAUGUGUUUGAAUGCACAGCCUCACUUGAGAAACCCUUCAACCGAUUCCUUUUUAACUCCUACCUCACCAGUUGUUUGCAGGCUUCUGUCAACAGGCAUAAGCAAGUGCUGGAGAAACUGCUUGACAUUGACAGUGUGAUGAAGGCUAAAACAAUCCGAGAAUUUGAUGAGCGAUUUACAUCCGUCAUGUUUGGCUACAGCACCAACGAGGAGUAUUACAGAGAUGCCAGCCCAUGUCACAAGCUGAAGUCUAUCCAGAUUCCUUUGCUAUGCCUGAAUGCAGCUGAUGAUGUAUUCUCUCCUGGUCAUGCGGUUCCUGUGGAAGCUGCCAAACAGAACCCAAACAUUGCAGUUCUUCUCACUGCCUAUGGAGGCCACAUUGGAUUUCUGGAAGGAGUAUGGCCAAGACAUAACACUUAUAUGGACCGUGUCUUCAGGCAGUAUAUUCAGGCUGUGUUUGAGCAUGCAAACCAACUUGUAAAGCUUUAACAUUACAUAUUAUAAACUAGAACAUCUUACCUUGUAUUGCCAUGCAAAAAAUGUAUUUAAAUAGAGAACAGAGUAUACUGUUAAGGGCACAUCAUUGUAAAUGCACAAUAAUCUAUAUAUGUCCAUGUGUAUUUAUACACAUAGACAGUACAAACAUGGUAUGUACAUAUAUAUGUGUAUGUAUGUGUUUUAACAAAGACACUAGAAAUACUUUAAAUAAGCACUUGAACUUCUACCAGCAAGCAGUCUGUGAUUAUGAUACUCAAAGUCCAAGCAUCACAACUUUAAAACGAGUUUAAAAAAACUCUUGAUUGCACUUUAUUUCAAAUCACUGUUCACCUCUUUCUUUAUGAAGGCAAGAGCCAGUGUUAGAUGUAUUUAGUCAUUUUAGCAAAAGCUCAAAGAGCUUCUGAGUACUGUACAGUAUGUAUUUACUUGAGGUGCAGUUUACUGGAAAAUAAGUUACAGUAUUCACUAUAGUGAGAUUUGUUGUAUAGGUUUGUUGUAAAACAGUGGAAAAGAAAAUCAGAAAAUCUCACAAAAAUGAAACGCAUUUUUAUUUGUGCAAAAAAGUCUGACUUCUUCAUGAGGGACGUCAUAAUAAAUUAUAAGAAGGAAGUGUCAAACUUUGAAUUGUAUAAACUUGUUUGCCACUUUCAAGCAGAUUAAAAUAGACUAUAACAUAAUAAUUUAUAAACUUGUUUGCCACAUUGAAGCAGAUAGACUAUGACAUAAUAAUUUUGUGUUUCCAAGAUUUUAUUAAUCUUCACUAUCAAAAUAUUACUCUUUCUUGGUCUGAUAGUCUUUUGUUAAUAAUGUUCGUUACUAAGAGGGAGAGGAAGAAAGCUGACAGAAAAUCAGAGUUAUAAAUGUAAAGAAUUUUGUGAACCUCCUCAUGUUGUAGCACUCAUUAUUAAAGCUUGUGUAGCACAUGCAAACACAUCCACCACAUCACUGCCUGCAACGAUUCCUCAGUGUGAUCAUCCAUUGUGAUUUUACACUUGAGGAUGACUAAAAGUGUGCAAUUCACUUCCCCAGUUCAGUUUGUCAUGAUUGUGUCAAGUGUAUCUCUUUUUUAAUAAGUGACAAAAUUAGUAAGUUACCCAGUUAAUCACAAUUUAUGCUGAAAUGAAACCCUUAUCAAAUAAAUGCAGAGCAACUACAGUUUAGUAAAAAAUGUUCAAAGAAAACUGCUACACAAAACUAAAGAAAUAUAAUCCUCUUUUUAAUGAUUUAUACAUGCAAAAAACAAUCAUAUACCCAAAUUAAACUUAAGUAAUUGACAUUUACAAGAAUUUACAUAUUAGACUUUUCUAAGCAAAGCUGAAAAUUCUCAUUCCCCAUUGAUUCAAAAUGUGUACAACUAUUGUCCACAAAAUGAAUUACAAUGUGUAUUAUGUAAAUAUAAUUCUGUAUUAUUUUCUUUGUUUACCCUUUGCUUACCCAUAUUCCCUUCAUUAUCUCAUCUCGACCUGGAACAAACUUCCAGGACUACAAUAAAAAUAAAUCAUAAGAAUUAAGAAAGUGACUUACCACAGUCAAAUAUGUUAAUUUUAUUUUUUUGAUAUGAGCAAACUGAACUGUUCAUAAAACCAUAUUAGUAUUAAGCUGAUAUAAAAUCUUUCUCAAUUAUUGGUACACAAAAUGUGUUGCUACUUUGACUGCCAGACACACAUGCAUUUCUAUUCAGUAUGUGUCUGGAAGUAGGCUGUUACCCAAAACGUGUUAUUGUUGUAAACAGUGAUUAAACCUAGCGUUUGACGAUUCCGUUAAAACUGGUAUAUCAAAUGUUCAUGUGCAGAGGUUGGCACUGAUGCGUAGAUAGUCUCUGUCUGCAUGAGGACGUUCCUCACUGAACACUGACAUACUGAGGAAAGGUGCGUCAAUUACUUCAGCAAGAAUUGGUGCAUCAGGAAGAAUAGUUAGGGACCUAAAAAAGUUCAAAUAAUGGGGUUCAGUGCUUUCUCUUGAAAGUAAUACUUAUAUAGACAAAACGAAUGUAAUGCAAAAAAAAUGCCUUUCAAAGAUAAAACAUACAUGGCUUAAUGAUUCUAAUACUAAAAAUAAAAUAUCUGAAGUGAAUUCUUACUUGCAUUCACAUAUAAAUGUAUUAUUGCCAUAAAAGAUCUAUUUUUGUGCCACUAAAAAUUUUCCACCUGUCACAUUAUACAGUCAAGUUAAUAAUCUUGCUUAGCAUUUUGCCUGUUUUCAUAGAUUUAUGCAAAAUGUGCAAUAGCAAGAAAUAGAAAAGUGCAAUAGUCCAAUACUUGUGUUGAAUCAAAGAUGAAAAAUUGAAUGAUUCAAUUAUACAUUACAGUAUGUCAAUGAUGGCCUACUCUUGGCAUAUGUCCAGUAGUUCCAAAGUACAAAAGAGCACUUUGAAGCUGUAAUUAGUUCUACUGUACCUAACUGCAUGCAACUUGCUGGGACAGUUUACACCUGCACAUGAAGCCAUGAAUGCUUUAUAGGGAUGUUAUAUUCAAUAUGUAAUACUAUACGCUUAUUAGCAUUUAUUAGAAAAUGAACGCCGGAAACUGUAUGGAAUUGUUUGUUCUUUUAAAAGCAAAGAGAUGCAGUCCCACUAGAAGGAAUUUAAAAGACUGCAAUCUGUCUCUUUUGCCCUAUAAAUGUAUCCUUACCUGUUGAAAAUAAAGCAGAAUGGUGUUAUUGUGCUAAUUCCCCAUCUGAUACUAUUAUUUUCAUAAACCAGUUAUUUACUAGGUCUUAAAAAGCUCUUUAGUCUGACUAAAGUGAAACUUCACAAUUCUGUAUUCAUAUUAAUAAAAUGAAUGAGUCAACUUUGUUUUUGCUAUACAAAACACUUACAAAUUGUUAGCUAUAGUAGCCAAGAGACCUUUUUAUAUCUCGAGUUUAAAUUCACUUACUUGGACUUAAAGGAAGGUGAUGACUUGCUUUAGGCUGUUCUUGUCUAAUUAGCAGCUUUGUUCUUAAUGUUUAAUGCUUUACUGUGUUGUGAAGCAAAAUGCUUUGUAAUAGAUGUUUUACUGUACAUGAAAGAUGCAGCACUUGGGAAUAUUUUCUACUGAAUUUCUGCCUUUAAUGUCUUGUCAUGUGUUUAAUCGGAUUAAUUGUAAUUUUUAUAUGAAUUAUGAAAGGUAUCAGAACUUUAUUCAUGCCAGAGUGAAAAUAGCUGUCCUGAAUAUGAGUGGAAAUAGUAGUGGAAGCUCGACUUUCGUGUUUAGAGAAAGAGGGUUUGUUUUGUACUUGUUCAAUGUUUAUACCUUUUGCUAUCUGACAUUGAAGAAUGAGGUAAUGUCUGUGAAGCUGAAUGGUGGAGAUGUCAAUGAAGCUGCCCUGGUGGUAAGAAAUCUGAAGAAAGGGCAUGAUUGACACCUCUGACUAUGGUUAUUAGUUUCAUUCUGACCAGAUUGUGGCCAGCUCUUCUAUCAAAUUAGUUUUGCUUGAAAACAUGGCUAAAUUAUUGACUGCCACUACUAAAGAGAGUUAUUUAUAUCUCAAAACCUUGCCCAUUACAGAAUAGAACAAUGUGUUAAUCCAACUUAAAAUAAGACAAAAAGAAAAACAAAUAUUUCACGUGGGCAAUAGCUUUGUUGCUUCAGCAUGAGUAGACAUAGACAUCAGAAUUAAACAAGGUGGGGGGGGGGGUUAGUGUAGUAGGUAUUUGUUCCAUUUUCGGUUUUAUCUUGUAUCAGCAUUUCUGGUCACAUUUAAUCUGAGUUCUGGAAAUGUCUUAUUUCUAAUUGGAUCUUUUCACAUGAGAAAAAUGUGCAAUUUGGGCCAAAUAUUUUCUCAAAGUUAAGGUCAUGUCAAUCUAAAAGCACAAGUUAAACUCAAACCACCCUUCACCUCCCCGGUGUUUGAAAUCAGCAAAAACAUCUGUCUAGUUAGAAGUGAACAUAAAGUGCAGCUAGCUACAUUUUGCUUAUGUUUACUACAUAGUGUGUGGAAGACGAAACAAGCACUCUGCAUUACCUCAAAUUUUAUAGUGAGAAAUUGUUUCAGUUAUCAAUAGGCAUUAGUCCUCAGGGAUACCUGUUCAUUGCUCAAACUUUUAAGGCAAUAGGUCUUUUCUUUCUCUUAUCCUUCUUAUCACAUUUAAUAGAAGAAUAUUUUAUGUUAAACAAAACUGAAUGCUACUGCAUGAACUCAGAGUAGUCUUCCACAUCUAUUAAGCCAAAAACUGGAACUUGAAUGACCAAACUACGCAAGUGCAUGGAAUGUUUGCUCAGUUUCAGACGUUGUACUAAAAUCCUAUGUGGUAAUCAAUUUUAAACUGUUCCCCGACUUGAAGAAUAUUUAUUGUCUUUACAAAAGCAUGAAUUAUUUUGUGUAAUGAUUGUCUUGAUCUGUGUCUACAUUAUAAGCUUGUUUUGCACAGGUAAAAAAUUAGCAGUAUGAAGACUGUAUUUUAUACAUCUGAAAUGUAUACUUAAAAAUGAAGAUGUAAAAUGUAUUAAGCUUUCAUAGCAAUAUAUUUUAAUGUAAUAUGUAUAGUACAUAAUAAAUAUGGUUUUCCCUUUCA